AUGAUAAGGUUGCUUAUUAGCUUACAUUCAAUACUAAUUAUUCUACCACAUUUGCAAACAUUUAACUUACUUCAUAAGCCACAUAAUGUGCCAUGUUCACAGCUAAUUAUAUUUGGUGAUGAUUUAACAGAUGAUGGAAUUGAAUUUAGCACACAUUCGCAUGGCUUUGCAAGAAAUUCAAAUGGCCCAUAUAUUAAUUAUGCAUAUAGUGGAGCACAAAGUGGUUAUAAUAAUAAAUUUUUCUCUGAUUGGUCAGGAAUACUAUGGCAAAUUGAAUAUCAUUGCAUGAAUCAUCGUAUCAUACCAAAAGAUUCAUUGAUUAUUUUACAAGUUGGUGGAUUAUCGGAAUUAAUAUUGCAUCAACAAAAUGAUAUCACUGAUAAAAGAAUUAGCAUUGAUAAGAUUAAUGAUAAUAUAGCAAAUGCUGUGUUAGGUUUAAUCAAUACAGUGGAUAAUGGUAUUAUCAUAAUUAUGAAUUUGAUUGAUCCAUAUGAAACACCUGGUUAUGCAAUGUUAAUCGCAAAUGGAAAUGAUAAUUUGAAAUUAUCUUCAAUGAUUUCACAUAUCAAUUCGAAACUUUGGAGAUUAAUGACAAUCAAAGGUUAUGACACUCGACAAAUUCGAUUGUUUGAUUUGAAUGGUGCAAUUAUUGAUGCUGUAAGAGGUUUAAAUACAAAUGAAUCAUUCACGUAUCAACAAAAUAAUAUGACAUCACUUAAAGCUUUCGAUUAUGCUUAUUAUAAUCAAUGGUAUCCAUCAACAUUCAUACAUUAUAAAAUUGCUCAAAAAUUGGUCAAAUUUUUGGAAGAUUUAUGA